AUGAAUGACGAUUUUGCUCCAAAGCUGAAGGAGUUGUUUGACACAGAAACUGCUGCUGCUAUUGAAGCUCAAAAGACAGGAAUAUACGUUGCUUGGAGAUGUCCAGACUUUCAGCAUGACUGCCAGCGCAUCUUCCACACAUCAAGGUGCUUUUGUGAUCAUUCCUUGUCAGAUCAUGCAUCAUACAAUGCAAUGAGUGUCAAGGUGCCAUGCAGAGUCCCAGGUUGUCCUUGCAAAGCCUACCAAUGGAUACCAAACAGGCCACAGGACAUUGGAGAAUUCUGGUUGCCAAAGAGGCCAGAUUUUGAUGCUGCAGCUUGGAGAGCCAAAUGCAAAUGCAAACAUACACACAAUUUUCAUGAAGCAAAUAGGCCCCAUCGCUGCACAAUUAAAGGUUGCCCAUGUGGGCACUUUAUGUCCGACUUCCUUUGUGCUGCCUGUGAUCGGCACUGGGAGGAGCAUCAAACAUUCUUCGACUCUCACAAGUCACGUGUAGAGCAGGGACUCCCAGUUGGUACUGAUUGGCUUCCCUUUGCUGAAAUGCCUGACCUGCGCAACAUUGCCCUGUCUGGCAAUGAAGCUGACGACAGCCAUUACCUGGCACUGAAGCAGUUCGAUACUAUUCCAUCACAAACUGCGACAGGAAAUAAUGAGGUGGUCAAGUUCAAAGGAGGUAAAGGUGGAAGUUCAAGCAGAGGCAGCACCAGUGGGCCAUCAGGGUUCAAACCUACAUAUGAUUAA